AUGCCUGUCGGUCGCAAAAAGUCGCGUCAGCCGUCUGCUCAGCCAACUAGCGAUUACGAGUCUGACACUGCUGCCAACUUCACCGACACCGCACCCAUUCUCCCGCCUCCUCCGGUCAGGAGCAACGAGGAGCUCAAUCUGCUGGUCCUCCGCCGCUGGCAACCCCACGUCACUUCGAUCCUCACAAUCGCGCCCUUUGCAGUACUUUACCUCUUCAGCGCCGAGUCACAAGGCUGGGAGAAGUGCGAAGUGCAAGGCUCGCUGUUCGUAUGUGUAUUGAGGAAUGGCGGGUACAAGCUUGUGAUUUUGAACAGGAAAGGCCUGGAGAACUGGGAAUUUGAGCUCAGAUCUGAAGAGGCCAUCCAAGUCACUGAGGAGUAUGUCAUUGUGCAGAAAGAGGACCAGGACGGAGAAGUGCAGAUCUAUGGGAUUUGGAUCUUUGAGGAA